UUCUUAAUUUCUCCAGUACCGACAGCACCUUCCUUAGACACUGCUCACUCUACUGGAAAAUGACUCUAGGGGCAGUGUGCGUCGAACACGUGUUCCACAACAACACUAGGCUGCCCACAGAUGCGCCUGCCUAAUAAUCGGCUUGAUAUGCGUGGAUAUUGGCCGAUGCCGAUUAUGUAAAAAAUGCAAAACAAAUCGGCCGAUUAAUCGGUCGACCUCUAUUACACACCUGCCAUCAUUUAAAGUGACUCUGAUUAAUCACAAAUAAAGUUCAGCUGUUCUAGUAGGAUUUAUCAGACAUUUUCUUAGUUGCAUCUCAGAGCAAAAGCCAUUGUCCACAGAGAGCUUCCAAAACAUCAGAGGGAUCUCAUUGUUGAAAAAUAUCAGUCAGGAGAAGGGUUCAAAAGAAUUUCCAAAGCAUUAGAUAUACCAUGGAACACAGUGAAGACAGUCAUCAUCAUCAUCCAUCCAUCCAUCUUCAACCGCUUAUCCGAAGUCUGGUCGCGGGGGCAGCUGUUCCAGCAGGGGGCCCCAAACUUCCCUAUCCCGAGCCACAUUAACCAGCUCUGACUGGGGGACCCCGAGGCGUUCCCAGCCCAGUGUGGAGAUGUAAAUCUCUCCACCUAAUCCUGGGUCUUCCCCGAGGCCUCCUCCCAGCUGGACGUACCUGAAACUCCUCCCUAGGGAGGCGACCAGGUGGCAUCCUUACCAGAUGCCCAAACCACCUCAACUGACUCCUUUCGACGCAAAGGAGCAGCGGCUCUACUCCGAGCUCCUCACAGAUGACUGAGCUCCUCACCCGAUCUCUAAGGGAGAAGCCCGCCACCCUUCUGAGGAAGCCCAUUUCGGCCGCUUGUACUCGUGACCUAGUUCUUUCGGUCAUGACCCAGCCUUCAUGACCAUAGGUGAGGGUAGGAACAAAAAUUGACCGGUAGAUCGAGAGCUUUGCCUUUCAGCUCAGCUCUCUUUUCGUGACAACGGUGCGAUAGAGCGAGUGCAAUGCUGCCCCGAUUCUCCGGCCAACCUCCCGCUCCAUUGUCCCCUCACUCGUGAACAAGACCCUGAGGUACUUGAACUCCUUCACUUGGGGCAAUACCUCCUUCCCUACCUGGAGUACAGUCAUCAUCAAGUGGAGAAAAUAUGGCACAACAGAGACAUUACCAAGAACUACAGCAACAUUAAAAGAACUGCAAGAAUUUCUGCCAAAGUGGGGAAGACCUCGCUCAUCAUGUCUCUGGUUGGAGAGGAGUUUCCAGAGCAGGUUCCUCUCCGAGCAGAGGAGAUCACGAUACCUGCAGACGUCACACCUGAGAAAGUGCCCACACAUAUAGUUGACUAUUCAGAAAAUGAGCAAACUGAGGAAGUGCUGAGAGAAGAAAUCAUAAAGGCCAAUGUCGUGUGUGUGGUUUAUGAUGUCACACAAGAGGAAACCAUUGACAAGAUCAGAACUAAAUGGAUCCCGCUGGUGAAUGGAGGAGCUGAAAAAGGAAGCAAGAUUCCUAUUAUCCUAGUAGGCAACAAGUCUGACCUUCGCUCUGGCAGCUCCAUGGAAACCAUCCUGCCAAUCAUGAACCAGUUUUCUGAGAUUGAGACCUGUGUGGAGUGCUCUGCUAAGAAUCUGAAGAAUAUUUCGGAGCUUUUCUACUAUGCUCAAAAAGCCGUUCUACACCCGACUGCUCCUCUCUACGACCCUGAAGACAAACAGCUCAAGCCGCAGUGUGUGCGCGCUUUGAGUCGUAUCUUCAGUAUCUCUGAUCAGGAUAACGAUCACAUUCUCAGUGAUGCUGAACUUAACUGCUUUCAGAAAUUAUGUUUUGGGAAUCCACUGGCUCCUCAAGCUUUAGAGGAUGUGAAAACAGUUGUGUGGAAGAACACCAGUGAUGGAGUGCAGGACAACGGACUCACACUCGACGGGUUCCUGUUUUUAAACACACUCUUUAUCCAAAGAGGACGUCAUGAGACCACCUGGACUAUCCUGCGCAAAUUUGGCUACGAUGACACCCUGGAACUAAUGGACGACUACCUCUACCCGCAAUUGCGAGUACCUGUCGGUUGUACGACAGAGUUGAAUCAUGUGGGUCAACAGUUCCUGCAGAAGCUCUUUGAUAAGUAUGAUGAGGAUAAGGACUCGGCUCUCUCACCUGCAGAGUUGAGAAAUCUCUUUAGUGUUUUACCCUACAUGCCCUGGGGCCCUUCAGUGUACAGUAACGUCCCCAUAACAGAAGAGAACUACAUCUCACAACAAGGCUACUUCUGUCAGUGGAUGUUGUCUGCAUAUCUGGAUGUCCACCGGUGUUUGGAGCAUCUGGGUUACCUCGGCUACCCGAUUCUUAUGGACCAAGACUCCCAGACGUCUGCCAUCAUAGUAACGAGGGAAAAGCCGUUAGAUUUGGAGAAGAGACAGACCCAUCGAACUGUGUUCCUCUGUAAAGUGAUCGGCCCUCGCGGAACGGGAAAGACAGACUUCCUUCAAGCUUUUCUGCAGCGGAGCGCUGAGAAAAACGGAUGCAACCUUGGUCCCCCCGCCGGAUACGCCAUCAACAGCGUCUCAGUAGCCAAUCAGGAGAAGUAUCUCAUACUGGAAGAGGUUGACGUGGAAACUGAGUUUCUAAAAGCAGCAGAUGUAGCGUGUGAUGUGGCAUGUCUCAUGUAUGAUGUCACCGAUCCAGACUCAUUUAAUUACUGUGCUAGUAUAUAUAAGCAGCACUAUAUGGACAGUGGGAUCCCGUGUGUAGUGGUGGGCUCUAAAGCUGAUCUUAUAGAAGUUAAACAGCAUCAUGGUAUGAGCCCAUCUGAGUUUUGUUACAAACACCGACUGCCUUCACCUCUCCAUUUCUCCGCACUGCUCACAAACACUCACACACACAUCUACAGCAAGCUGACCUGGGCCGCCAUGUACCCGCACUUGAAUGGAUCAGAUAUGAGCAGCACGUCUUUCUGGCUGCGCGUGACUCUGGGCGCCACAAUAGCAGCCAUGCUGGGCUUCGCUCUCUACAGAGCCUUUAGCCGACACAAAUAAUGCACGCAUUCACUCGCAAUGCAAACAUAAACACACUCGUACUCAUUUCCUGCUGACUGUCUCGACCUUACGGAGUCAUUUUUGGCGGAACGGGAGCUUGAAACCCUUCUAGUUACAAUGACAAAUACAUAAAAACAGAAGAAAGCAGAUGUUUGUUUUUUUUUAAGUUGGACUAAAUGUGUUCCACAUACAAACAGAUGCGCAUAAAUUAAUGAGAGAUUUAUGGGUUUGCUUUUAUUAUUAACUUCCUGACCUUGAUCUAAAUGGUUGACCCCAGGGAACAUUUUUGCAAAUUGAGCUCAAAGCUACUGUAUUGAGCACAGGGGGAGUAAGGAGCGAUAUUAGGAAGUGAUUUGAUAUUUGUAUUACAUUUGAAAUGUAUUAAAAAUGUAUUUAAGAGGUAAAGAUCUCCAAAUGGAUGAAGAAUGUAUUCCAUUUGAACAUAUUCCGUUCCUGAACCUUACCGGACAGGUAUUCAAAAGCUCAGUGAUGGGGUCAAUUAUUCUGUUUUGUUUCGGCCAGUUCAGGGAAAGCACUUCAUUUAUAGCUCAGUUUCAGAGUAUUUAAUACAUUUAAGAAAAACAAAAACAAAGUUAAACUCUACUGGACAUCAGAAAAAGACUAAACGAUUAUAGACAUGCACUUUUUCUUUUCUUUACAAACUGAUGUACGAGUUGAAAUUAUUACCUGUGGAAAUCGACUUUAUGCCACAGAUGCUCAAGAGAACUACUACAUCAUGCACAUUGGCUGAAAUGAAGCAGAAUAAACCUCAAUCCUGUUGCAUUUCCAUUUCCUGUCCUUUAGAUGGACAUUAAUGUGCGUGGGCCACGGCUGACGAUGACUGUGUGUGUGUGUGUGUGUUAUUAUUUUCUCUUUUUUUAGGCAAAUUCUAUUGACGACUUUCAGAAUAGCUAGACUUGUCCAGGCUUUCCAACGUUUUGCAUAUCUGUUGUUUGUAGGGGAGAAUGAUUUCUAAUUUUGUUUUAAAAUUAAAGUAGAGAUGGAUGCUGUUAAUAAGUGUAUUGUAAAUUAUAUUUUUAAGGUUAAAAGCUCUGAUGCUGAAUGAUGCUCCUGUUCAGAGCCGUCCCAUUGUUGCAGGAUCCACAGAACCAGGUAUCACUAGUUACAUCAUCACAAUAAUUGAUAGAAAGGAUAAUAAGUCUUGAGUAAUCCGUAGAGAACAGCCUGGCUGACUGUGUUUAUAAUUGUCCGUGCUGGAUUGAUCUAGGAUCUCUGUCAGGUUAUUGAUUAUCUCAGAUGAUCGGAGACUCCUUCAAUCUAGAGGUCUACCGGUAGUGGAUUUUGCCAAUAACUAUAACUAAGCUGAUAACCGAUUAAUCGGCCAAUAGUUUAUAAAAUCAUAUGUUCAAUGGCCGCAUCAAGAGACCAAAUAGUCGGUCCAACUUAAAAGAUGGUGUAGGUUACAAGUACUUCAGACUUUUAGAAGUUGAGUCCAUUUUAGAAAUGAUUAAACUUCAUCAAAGCAAACACAAAUCACCCUGAUGGUGACUUUAAACAAAACACAAUGUUUUACAGCAAAACAUAAUUAAAAACGCAUUAAGAGCUAAAAUAUCUAUUUAUUCAAAACCGAUUAUUUACAUAUUAUAUCCUCAUAAGUCGGUACGCUUUGACCAAACACACAUGAAUAAAUUGAAGCGCUGGGGAUUGUGGGUAAUGUCUUCAGCCACAGUGCUCCUCCAGUGGGCAUGCUCAGUAGCAGAUGCAACAAUGCAAGCUUAUUAUAGCCUAUAUAUUUAUUAUUAUUAUUAUUAUUCACAAUAUAUGAAGUUGGAGACAGGAUGUAUGUGGUGACGAGGGACGUUUCCAUAUAGUCGCAUUUCUUUGCAUGCCCUCGCUUCACUUUAAAAAACAUGAUCAAAGGAACACGGAGGAAUAAAAAAAACUUUUGGCACUCUCGGUAUAGAUUUUUGUCAAUAACCGAUAUUUUUUUAAAUGGUCAGAUCAGCACAAAGCUAACCUCACAUUUGCCAAUCUUGCUCAUUCAUUUGAAUCAGCAUGAAGAUACUCAUUCUUGAGAAAAAAGAAAGGGAAAGCAAACAUUUCUCUGGCUGUUCUGAUUAGUCUGUUUAAUUGUCAUCAUUUCAAUAACUUCAGUAUUAAGACGCAUACGGAUCACUACUGUUUAUGUUGGUGGGCCCAAUUUUAAAAUACUGCAGGCUUGUAUCUCUGUUGCAUUGCAGCAUAAAUAUUAAAUGAGAUGCUCGGAAUGAAUCCAGUGUGUUCUAAUAGAAUUAUUUUGUAAUAAAAUAGCAAUUUUUCAGGAGAUCUUGUUUACUGUGCUCUGUGAUGUCAGGAAAUGUGGUGCAUUCACUUGGUCACAUGUUCACGUUCAAUAUGCAUUGUGCUGCAUUUACAGUAUUCUAGCAGAUCUUACUUUAAUUUAUAAACCUGCCUAGACUGUUAUAUUAUCACUCUUGAUGAACUUCAUGUCACCGUGUGCCCUUCUGUGGUUACUAUGUAAUAAACAAUACAUUUUAAAGUGAAAAGAAGACAUUCAUAGUUCAAGAAUGUUAGUAUAUCAAGUUUAAAUAAUUAAGUAUUUUAAAUGGUAGUGAAGCGUAAAAUUUACAGGCAUCAAAUUAUAACCCGUGAAGCCUGAUAUGUGGUCAGU